UCUCAAACUAUUUCUAUUCACUUCUUUUUCCCAACUUGAAAGUUUUGCAGCAAACCCUCCCACUAACUCAACGACUCAAAUUUUCACUACCUAUCUUCCCACAUAACAAAACCCUUUGCCAGUUAUCGGUUCAACUUCGACAUGAAGUUGAUAUCUUCUUCUCAAUCAUCUCCCUUUUCUUCUUUUUCUUCAUGCUCAUCAUCCACCACCACUUCCAGCCCCUUCAAUCGAACCAACUCAAAAGGUGCUACUAAUGGAUUUAUAGCUGGCAUUUUGCGCAGAAUUCUCUGCUAUGGUAGCUUGCCUACAUACCCUUCUGAUCAUAUCCCAGAAGAACCCAAUUCUGUUGAUCAGUCUCAAUAUGAUCAACGAUUCAAGUCGAAAGAGAAAGCAGAGGAAACAGAGUCCUCUGCCACUCCAAGCUUAGUGGCAAGGCUAAUGGGGUUGGAGUCAAUUCCAGAUACCCCAAAUUCAUUAUCUCGUAGCCGAUCUAUGAAUUCUGUGGACCGGCUUUCAGGCAACCAUGAUCCAAUUCAGGCACAUGAGCGCCGACGAGUGAAGUCAUUUAGAGAGAUGCCAACGUUUAUUGAAAAUGAGGACUUUCUUGUUCUCAGCUUCGAGAACAGGAGUGAACGAAAUCAAAGGAGAUCGAAAGGGAGGAAAUGUGAUAUAGGAAAUGGAGAAUUGAAGAAGAAGAAAGCAGGAAAGAGCAUAAACAAGGAAAAUGGGAAAGAAAAGAAGCAAGAUCGAGAAGAGAAGAGCACAAGGGUUUUGAAAGAUUUGAAUGGGAGGGAAAUGCUAAGGGGCAAAUCUCAUAAACCCAAGAGAGAGACCAUCUGUGAUGUGCUUAACAAUGUAGAAUCUGAUUGUGCCUCGGAAGACUUGAGCCCAGUUUCUGUUCUUGAUCAUGGUCAGUUUGAUGUUGAUCAUCAAGUUCCUACAUCAGAAGAAGAAUCAGUCUCUUCAUUCCCGAGAAGAAAAGACGACUGUUUAACUUGUGAUGCAAGGAAAACAAAGAAAAUUGAAGGCAUAGGUCUUGGAACGAAGAAGAAAGAGUAUCAAACUGCAGAGUACUUCGCGAUUUUGGAUGAAAUUUGUUCUCUUACUGAAGCUGAACUGGUUGGAUCAAACUGGAGCGUUAACAAAGGCAUCUGGAAUAAUCAUGAAGGUUCUGCAGGAAUAGCUGCAGAUUUUGAGUCACAAAUUCUAGGCCAGCUAAUAGAGGAGCUCGUAGAUCAAUUUGCUGAUUUUCCUACUGAAAAUCCAAAACCUGUAAGAUUUACAGCCAUUGUAAAUUUUUUAUUACUAUAAAUUAAAGCAACUAACAUACUAUUGUAUCACUUCU